AUGAGAUUAAUUGAUAAAUAUCCGAUGGGCCAUGCAAAUGAGAGGCCCUUAAGGCAUGGUCAGAAGGAUAUUACAAUGAAUUACGGUCAUAGUACGCAACUAAAAUACAAUUUGCCUGGUAAUCGCAGUACAGCGUUUAAUGGAUUUAAUAGUGGUCAAGCUAACGAUGUUUCAGGCACGCCGUAUCCGAUUGAUGGAAAUUGUGCGAUGGCUCCAAACAAUUUCAAUGUUUCGUCUACACUUUGCGAUGUAGAAUUCAGACCAUGCCCACCAAUGAUCCCGGCAAGUUUCAAACAAAACAGGGUCAGCAUACAGAACAAUCAUCCCUACAAUCAGGGGUAUAUAGAUCAGGGAAGACAAUCGAAUAGUUACAGCCCUCCACCCAUUAACCCGCAGCAUGUCAUCACUGGAAAAGUUGGAAAUAAUGGACAACUUGGUGGCAUGCAAAAUGUUAGUAAUUUGACAAACAUCACUAAUUUGUCAAGUAAUAGUUACAAGCCAGGAUUCAAUAAUGUGCCAAUUGGUAACCCAAACGCAGUUAACACCGGUUAUGGGUUCUAUCAGACACCAAACACCCCUGAUAUUGCCGCAGAGCAUAGCCUCGAUAACGAGAUAAAUGAGUUGCUGAGCGAUUAUGGCAGCUAUAAAUCGCAAAAUGAUGUAUCUCGAUUUAAUAAAUGCACAGAAACUUCCACUCAAUCAGGAAAUGAUGUAGAAAAAAUUAAAAAUGACGAUGGUUUUAAAGAACUUAUCUCGCUGAGUCAGCUGAAAAAAGAUCUCCAGUAUAACCGAGACUGGAGACUCAAAAUUAAUCCUGACGAAUUAUCUGCCAAAUUAAACUCAUAUAUUGCCCAGCAAGCUAAGGUGAAGAAGAGUAAUGAGUUUGGAGAUGUUAUCUCGAAGGUAAAUGCAUUAGCUGUGCAGAUUGAAAAAUCUACAAAAACAUUUUUGGGAAAACAUAGAAAAGCAUCCAACAACAUCGCCAAGUCACUAGAAGAAUUAUGUACAAAGAGCACCAAAUUGGUGCUGAAAGAUAACAUAGAGCCCAUAAGCAAAGUACUAGAUAAUAAGGUAAAUGAAUUUCUAAUACGUCCGUUUGCCACUGAAAAUGGUAAUGAUGAAAACAUAGUGGAUAUUAUAGUCACAGAAGCCAAAAAAGACUGGCAUAUGCAAGCUAUUAAGCAUCUUACUAAACAGGAAUUUUCACUACUGAAGCUGCAAAUGUUGGAGCUGGUCAACGGAAAAACCAAUAUCGAACCCGAUAAACUGUGUUUCAAAGCUUCACUAGUAGGUAAUGAAGAGCCUAGAACCGUUAAAUAUAAAAUACUGCAAGAGGGAACUUUUGGCAUAGUCUAUGAGGCGCUUAUCGGUUCAAUUGUAUGUGCCGUAAAGACGCCUUCUCCUAAGAUGUUGAUAAAAGAUCCGUUUGGUGUAUUAAAGAGAAUAUCUUCCGAGUGGCAUAUACUCUCAAAGUGUAAGCACAAUCAUAUUGUCAAGCUUGUGGGUGGGAUAGUACUGGGAGCAUAUGAUGUAUGGCUUGCAACAAGAUUGAUCGAUGGUGUAGACCUUUACUCUCUAAAACAUAGCAAUGCGGGUAAAAAUAUUUCCAUUAGAGGGUUGGAAAUGUGUAGACAACUAGCAGAAGCUAUUUGCUAUUUGCAUACACCAACUAAAGGGAAGGGCGUGGUGAUACAUAGAGAUGUGAAGCCUGAGAACAUUAUUGUGGACAAAAACUUCAAUAUCACAUUGUGUGACUUUGGUGAUGCAAUAGAGAUUACAGAUGAGGUGAAAAUUGGUGUUAGUGGAGCUACCUGGCUUUACGCGCCCCCCGAAUUGCUAGUUCUUGAUCCGUUAACUUGCGCAAACCUGCACUCUGAAUAUGAGAAGGUGGUGACUGUCAAGUGGGAUGUGUGGUCCAUGGGUUGCGUUUUUAUGGAAAUGCUCAGCUUUCCCAAUCCAUUUUACCGCAUUGUAAAAGGGAAAGAUCCCUACAAAGCGUUAGUGGAGCACGCGGGUAACGGAAUGGUACCUUGGAUUCCAAACUCCCUCUCCUCAACCAUCAUCGGAGAUGUCAUUAAAAGGUCAUUAUCGCUGGAUCCUGCUGAUAGACCUACGGCCGAUGAAAUACUCCAAUUGCUAGGUUGA